CCACAGGCCCACACUGCUCCUGGAGAACUACCAGCCCUGGUUGGACCUGAAGGUUUUCUCCAAGGUGGACUCUUCAGUCACAGAGGUGUUUGAGCUGGUUCUGGAGAAGUUCGUGUUUCCCUGGUACCGGGAGAUCACGGACGACGAGGCGUGUUUGGAUGAAGUCAGGACCUCGUUUCGUUUCUUUGCCUCGGUGCUCGUCCGCCGAGCGCAGAAGGUGGACCUCACGGCUGUGUUUGCAGACAAAGUGAUGAAGACGGUGAUGAAGCACAUUGAAAUUAUUUCGAAAGCUCGGACCAAAGUCGGGGUCGGGGACAGUUUGGAGCAGGUGGGUCUGCAGGAGUACGGCUCAGACCUUCAUGUGGCCCUGCAGAGCCGCAGAGACGAGCUGCUCUACCUGAGGACCCUGACAGACCUGCUGUUCCCCCACCUCCUACCCCCUAAAGCCACUGACUGCAGGUCUCUGGCUCUGCUGCUGCGGGAGGUGAUGGCCGGGUCUGUCGUCCUUCCGACCAUGGACUUCCUGGCUGACCCAGAUACUGUGAACCUGAUGGUGCUUAUAUUCCUCGAUGACACUCCGCCUGAAGCAGCCACAGAACCUCCGUCUCCACUGGUUCCCUUUCUGCAGAGAUACGCUAACGUCAGCAACAAGAAGCUGUCUGUGCUGAAGCUGGAGCUGAAGGAGAUCCGGGAGCAGCAGGACCUUCUGUUCCGCUUCAUUAACUUCCUGAAACAGGAAGGAGCCGUUCACGUCCUGCAGUUCUGCCUCGCCGCAGAGGAGUUCAACGAUAAGAUUCUGAGUCCAGAACUGAGCGACUCGGAGCUGCAGCGCCUUCAUGGUGACGUGGUCCACAUCUACCAGACCUACUGCCUGGAGGAGAGCCUGGACAAGAUCCGCUUCGAGUCCUUCAUCGUGGAGGAGCUCAGGAACAUCUCUAAAGGUCCUUACAUGGAGGUGGUGAAGCUCCAGAAGAUGCCGUGUCUCUUUGAGGCCUACGAGCACGUUCUGUCUCUGCUGGAGAACGUCUUCACUCCCAUGUUCUGCCACAGUGACGAGUACUUCAGAUACCUGCUGAAAGGAGCAGAAUCUCCUGCAAGAAACUCCAGAAUCAGCAGGAACCCGUCCAAACGAGGCGAGACAUUUGGAAUCAGCAGAAUCGGCAGUAAAAUCAAAGGUGUGUUCAGGAGCACCACCAUGGAGGGCGCCAUGCUGCCACCCAGCGCCGCCAACGACAUCGAUGACGACAUGGUGGAGGAGGCCAUGAUGGUCUUGGAGGACGACUGUGUCCCCGAGCCGAGCAGCGCGCUGGUGAAGCAGAGGAACCUGCAGGCGUGGAGCGUCUCCAUCCCGUCCAUCAGCUUCAGCGAGGACGUGGUUAAGAGGGAGAAGAUCCCGGUCUUCUCCUUGGAGGUGGAGCGUAAUGACAGGAAGAACAUGGGUCAUGAAACUGAGCGGUGGCUGAUUGACAGGAGGUACCUGGAGUUCUACGUUCUGGAGUCCAGACUCACUGAGUUCCACGGCACGUUUGCAGACGCACAGCUUCCAUCCAAAAGAAUUAUUGGACCAAGAAAUUAUGAGUUCCUGGAAUCAAAGCGAGAAGAAUUUCAGGAAUAUUUACAGAGGCUCCUGCUCCACCCGGAGCUCAGUAACAGUCAGCUGUUGGCCGACUUCCUGUCUCCAAACAGCGUGGAGUCUCAGUUCCUGGACAAGAUGCUGCCGGACGUCAACCUGGGUAAAAUUUUCAAGUCUGUUCCAGGGAAACUGAUGAAAGAGAAAGGACAGAACCUGGAGCCGUUCAUCCAGUCCUUCUUCAACUCAUGCGAGUCGCCCCGACCCAAACCGAGCCGAGAACUCACCAUCCUCAGCCCGUCUGCAGAGAACAACAAGAAGCUGUCCAACGGCCUGUUCAGGAACAACGCCAACAUGUCCGCCGGCCUGGACAGGAAACACAAGUCCAACAGCUUCCUGGAGCCGAUGAGCGUGGACGGCUUGUACGACUGCAUGAUGUAUGUUGGUCGGGUCGUGUUCCAGGUACCGGACUGGCUACACCACAUCCUGUCUGCCGGGCGGAUCCUCUUCAAGAACACGUUCGAGGCCUACAUGGAUCAGUACAUGCGGUCCAAGCUGGAGGCGGUCCUGCAGGAGCACCGCCUGGUGUCGCUCAUCACGCAGCUCCGAGAUGCAGUUUUCUGUGAGAGCGGCGAGCAGCAGACCGCUGAUGACAAACAGAACCGAGCCAAGAGGACCUUCGAGGAGAUGAAGAGAUACUUACCGGACCUGGUGGUGAAAUGUAUCGGUGAAGACGCCAGAACUGAAGGUGUUCAGCUUCUGUUCGACGCCCUGCAGCAGCCGCUCCUCAACAAGCAGAUGACCUACGUCCUGCUGGACAUCGCCGUGCUGGAACUCUUCCCUGAACUCAGCAAGCACGAAACAAAAGAAGCUUUCAUCGUCUGAUGGAGACGAGAGACAAAACUCUGGGUCCACUUCCUGAAAGACGGACGUCUUCUAACCUCCGUCUCCGAAAGAUUGCUGACCCUCACUACGUCCCAGUUCCUGUCUCUGACCCUCACUACGUCCCANUUCCUGUCUCUGACCCUCACUACGUCCCAGUUCCUGUCUCUGACCCUCACUACGUCCCACUUCCUGUCUCUGACCCUCACUACGUCCCAGUUCCCGUCUCUGAACCUCACUACGUCCCACUUCCUGUCUCUGAACCUCACUACGUCCCACUUCCUGUCUCUGAACCUCACUACAUCUCACUUCCUGUUCCUGUGGCUGCCCGAUCCGUCCCGGUAGCACAAUCCGUACUGUCAGCUCAUUUGCGCUAAAUGACAGACUUCUGGAAUGUGCUCGAUUUAUAAAAAAAAAAA